AUGUCGGAUCAUGAGGCUGCCACGCUAAACGUCCGCGACGACGAGAAACUCGACGAUUUAGAGCAAGGCGCGAAACCAUCUAGUCAUAACACGCGCCGAAGCUCCUCGGCGAGCACCGCGCAGGAUGAGGAUUCUUCAAGAGGAGGAAAUGUACCUGCUGCCGCUACUACAGCUGUAGGUGAACCAGAUAAUGCUCCGUCCGAGGGUGUUAUCCCUGCCGUUCAAGGUGCGGAGCCUGAGGCAGGACGCACCAAGUUUCAGACGACAGUUAUUAUUUUCGCGUUGUGCUCAGCACUGUUUCUCGCCGCCCUCGAUGUCACUAUCGUCACCACCGCGAUCCCCACAAUCACCGAGCAGUUCCAGUCGCCGGCCGGUUACACGUGGAUCGGUGCGGCUUACCUAUUGGCAAACAGCGCCACGGUCCCCAGCUGGGGAAAGAUCAGCGAUAUCUGGGGUCGUAAGCCGGUGCUCUUGGCGGCUGUCGCCAUCUUCUGGAUCGGUUCGCUGAUAUGCGCGUUAAGCAUUAACAUCGGCAUGCUGAUCGCCGCCCGUGCCAUCCAAGGCAUCGGCGGCGGCGGUAUCAUUGUGCUCACUAACAUCUGUGUUAGUGAUUUGUUCUCUAUCCGCAAGCGUGGCAUGUACUAUGCUUUCUUUGGUAUGGUCUGGGCUAUAGCUUCUGCGAUCGGUCCUAUCCUGGGUGGUGUCUUCACUUCCAAGGUCACCUGGCGCUGGUGCUUUUACGUGAACUUGCCCAUCAGUGGCGUAGGCUUCGUCAUACUUCUAUUCGUGCUUAAGUUACACAACCCGCGCACGUCUGUCCGGGAAGGCUUGGCUGCUAUCGAUUGGCUCGGUAGUCUUCUCAUCGUUGGCGGUACUCUUAUGUUCUUGUUCGGGUUAGAAUUUGGUGGCGUCACCUAUCCCUGGAACUCGGCGCCGACGAUAUGCUUGAUCGUAUUCGGUAUAGUAACGGUCGGCCUGUUCGUCGCCGUUGAAAAGUGGUAUGCUAAGUACCCCGUCAUCCCGCUUCGGUUAUUCCAGUUCGGGAAGAAUAUAUCGACUUUCGGCGUUUGUUUGGUUCAUGGUGCUGUCUUCAUUUCCGGAAGUUAUUAUUUGCCAUUGUACUUUCAGGCAGUCUUAGGUGCAUCGUCGCUACUCUCGGGUGUCUACUUGCUCCCAUACGUGCUCUCGCUUUCGUUCAUGUCGAUCGGCUCGGGUAUAUUUAUGAAGAAGACGGGCAAAUACCUACCAGCCAUCAUCUUCGGUAUGUUCUUCAUGACGCUUGGAUACGGGCUAUUUAUCGACCUCGGUGCUCAGGCGAACUGGGCAAAGAUAAUUAUCUUCCAAAUUAUUGCGGGUAUAGGUGUAGGACCGAACUUCCAAUCACCGCUCAUAGCUUUACAAACGACUGUCGAACCUCGCGAUAUCGCAGCGGUAACGUCGACCUUCGGAUUCGUCCGUCAACUCUCGACAUCGAUAUCUGUGGUUAUUGGGGGUGUAGUUUUCCAGAACGGAAUGGAGAAGCAGUACCCUACCUUAUUAGCUCAACUUGGACCAGAACUAGCCAAACAGCUUUCCGGCGGGAGUGCAGGUGGUAAUGUUGGUCUCGUAGCCUCCUUACCCGGUAUCCAAGGCGAAAUAGCUCGCGCAGCUUACUGGAACAGCUUGCGCGAUAUGUACAUUAUGUACGCAGCCUUCGCUGGGGUGGGACUUCUCAUCAGUCCAUUUAUCAGCCAGCGACAGCUCAGCACUCAGCACCACGAGCAUAAAACAGGCCUUCAGAGCCUACGACAAAACGGCGAGGGUGAUAAGCCUAUGGAAAAGACUGCUCAAUAG